CCUACUUGUUUUAUUGCUUUUAAUUAUCAUAAAUUGUUUUGCAGUAUCAAUGUUAAUUGGAUAGAAUUAUUUUUAUCUAAUUUGUGAUAAAAUUAAGUGUAUUUAGACUUUAGAUAACAAUUUUACUAGUUUUUUAAUUAUUUAUUCCUACGUAUGAAUGUUAUGUUUUACAUUAUUACCGAUUUAUUUAAUUUCAGUAAAAAUGGAAUCAAUUUUUGUUUAUGGAACAUUAAAAAAAAAUCAACCUAAUUAUUAUCAUCUUUGCGAUACUAAAAAUGGCUGUGCAGUAUUUAGAUCAGUCGCCAGCACAACUAAAAAAUAUCCUCUAGUUAUUUCCACUAAAUAUAAUAUACCAUUUUUGUUACAAAAAGAAGGUAUUGGAUAUGUAAGUGAAAAUAUUUAAUGAAAUAAUAUAUUUUGAUAUUUUUUAAUAAAUGAUAUUUUAGGAAAUAAGUGGUGAAAUCUAUGAUGUUGAUGCAAAAAUGAUGGAGUUUUUGGAUGACUUCGAAAAUCAUCCAGAUUUUUAUAAUCGACAAAAAAUUGAGGUCAAAUUACCAAAUGGUGAUAUUCGUAGUUGCUGGAUUUAUUUUUUACCAAAUUAUCCAGAAAGGCUUUUAGAAUUACAAUAUUUUGACUGUUAUGAUUCAAAUGGUGCACACAAACUUCAAUAUGUCGCAAGGUAUCAGAGAGAUUUCGAGGACAAAUUAUCAUUUUCUAAAUUUGAAUAAUUUAAAUUACACUUUUAAAUACAUUGUUUUACAGUGAAAAUGUACAAUCAUUAGAAUCAGCAUUUCAAGAAUAAUCAAUAAAACAAAACAAAAUUAAUUUUUUUUAUCAGUUCAACAUGUAUUUCAAAAUCAAUAGAGUGUAAAAAAAUCUAAAAAGUAUAGUAUUUGCACUACACAAGUGCAAUUUUUUGAACAAAAACAUAUUGCACGUGUUUAUUAUACAAAAUAAAUGUGUCUAACAUACAUUUAGGAAAUAUAAGUGUGUUUUCAAACAAAUCACUUUCUUUCAAUUUUAAUUGACUAGAAAUAAUAAUUGAAACUCCGAUACUUUGUGCUGCCAAAACUUACAAUUAUUAAAAAUAAUUUGUAUUAUUGUAAUUGAUUUAUUGUCGCUAAGCUGUUAUUGAGGUCCAUGACUUUUAUUCUAAAACAUUGCACGUGUUGCAAAACCACCAAUGCUACUUCUUCGCGUCCUAAUUCAUUUAAUCGGUUGAUCAGUGUACCUAGAGAAUUAAUUUAUGUUUUG